UAUAUAUAUAUGUGUGUGUGUAUAGUCAAGGCACUAGAAGAGAAUCUGAUUGGAGCUGUAGGGUUAGAUGUUACUGAUCCAGAGCCUUUGCCUCCAUCCCAUAAACUCUAUUCAUUUCCAAACUGCCUUAUCCUUCCUCACAUAGGAAGCGCUACUUUGGAAACAAGGGAAAAAAUGGCUAGUAUGGCACUUGAUAACAUCUUGUCUGCACUUAAUAAUCAACCUCUACCUUAUUCUGUAUAAAAUCAGAAAAGGCGGUCAAUAAAAACCAUUCUUUUUUUUUUUAUCCUUAUGCUUCUCAAACGAUUCUACUCUAGUUCUUCAAAAAGUUGGUUAUCUCGUCAAGCUAGAGAUCCAUAUUGUAAAGCAGCUAAAGCCAACCAAUACAGGGCCAGAAGUGCCUUUAAGCUUGUUCAGAUACAAGAAAAGUACCGUAUCAUUCGUUCAAAUGAUAUCGUUAUCGACUGUGGCGCUGCUCCUGGAGGUUGGACACAAGUGGCAGCUGAAAAAGUAUCUAAUCAAGGAUUGGUCAUUGGCAUUGAUCUAUUACCCAUGGACCCUAUUCCAAAUGCCCACAUCAUUCAAGGCAAUUUCCUCAAAGCCUCUACACAGAAAGCUAUACAAAAAGCCCUUGACAACCGAAAGGUUAACCUUGUCUGUUCAGAUAUGGCUCCUAGUUUUUCAGGUAAUCAUUUGGCAGAUCAUGCAAGAUCCAUGGAGCUUUGUGAAUCAGCCCUUGCAUUUGCUCAAAGUGUCCUAAAACCUGGGGGAUCCUUUGUUGCAAAGUUCUUGAUGGGAGGCACAGAGCAUGAAUUUCGAAAGAAACUUCAAACACUAUUUACCAAAGUGAAAAUUGAAAAACCAGAUGCUUCAAGGAAACAGUCAACAGAAAGCUUUUAUGUUGCACUAGGCUUUAAGCCCCCGAAUCAAAGCUGAUCCAUCCCCUUUUGAAAAUACCCCCUAUUAGAGAUAGUUUGCUCAGACAACAAGAGCAUAACCCUUUCUUUAACGGAAAUGUAAAUAUACAAAUUAUGUGAAAAGUUUUACGAUCUCAGUUG